AUGGAGCCCCUUGUACUACCUUCGCAGCAACAGCUUCGCGAGCAUUGGGUCGGAAAGGAUCUUGAGGAGAUCCCGAAGCCCGCUGUGGUGCUUGACCGAGCGAUUAUUCGGCGGCAUUGUGCUCGAAUGAAGAGGACUGUUGAAACGCUGGGCGUGGGUUUUAGAGCUCAUGUCAAAACACACAAGGCGCUCCAGAUUGCAGAGAUGCAAAUGGACAACGGCGAUCCAGAGGCCAAGUUCAUUGCAUCCACUUUGCUCGAGAUCGAAAUGCUGCAUCCAUUGCUCAAAUCUCUCAAGGAUGCAGAGAAAUCUGUGAAUGUCUUAUAUGGCAUUCCUUUAGUACCGUCACACAUCUCGCGACUUGCAACGCUGGCUGCCGAUAUUGGGGAAGGCAGUGUCUCCGCGAUGAUCGAUCACCCCGAUCAAGUUCCCUACCUGAAACAUUUCUUCGAAGUGGCUCGCUUUCCGGUCUGUGUCUUUGUCAAAGUAGAUACCGGGUACCACCGUGCCGGUUUACCACCCAUCUCUUUGAAUAAGAACGGGCUUUUGGAGAGGCUUGCCAAGGCAGAGGCAGAUGGCUGGGUUCGCUUUCUAGGCUUGUACUCUCACAGCAGUCUGAGCUACACCGCCAAGUCGCCCGCAGAAGCAAUGUCUCAUCUGAUCGGCGAGAUUCAGGGAUGCAAGGAUGCUCUGGGUCGCUGGUUGUCGUUGCUCCCAACGGACAGAGAGCUUGUCAUCAGUGUGGGCGCAACGCCCCAAAUCUCAUCUUCGCAUAAUUUGGUUGGAGAAGGUACCGAAUAUCCUGAAGCGCAGAAGUUGAAAGCUCUGCUUGACAAUCCUUGUCUGGAGAACAAUGAUGUCAAGGUGAAGAUCGAGCUCCAUGCGGGCAACUAUCCCAUCCUCGACAUGCAGCAAGUAUCGACCAAUGCACGAGAAGGAGCGGGAAGGUUUGAAGACGAAAUCGCCAUAUCCGUCGUCGCGGAAGUGUGCAGUGUGUAUAAUGAUGGCGAACGGGACAAGUCCGAGGCUCUCGUGGCCGCUGGCACUCUGGCUCUGGGCCGUGAACCCUGCGCGAAUCAUUCAGGCUGGGGCGUCCUCUCUUCAUGGCGAGUGGGUGCUGAAUGCACGACGACACGAAUUGUUGUUGACCGCAUCAGUCAAGAGCAUGGCAUUGUAGCUUGGGGCUCUGGCAUGGAGGGAAAGUCUGUUCCCCUCAAUCUGGGACAGAAUGUGAGAAUCUUCCCAAAUCACGCGUGUGUGGCGGCAGCCUUCUUUGGAUGGUAUUUCGUGGUGGACUCGGAUGAGGAUCAAGAUGGAUCGCGUGUGGUAGACAUUUGGGUGCGAGGGCGAGGAUCGGGUGUUUCUGACCCCUUCUUAAUGACCAGAUUCCAGUGA